AUGGUACGAAUUCAGAUUAAACAUGGAGAUGAAGAUCAGUUUUUAUAUGAAGCAUCUGGAUCUGAAAAAAUUGAAAAUAUAAUUAAAAAUAUUUGUGCAAUUUAUAAUGGACGCCUUAAAAUAUAUCGGAUUUGUGCUGAAAUGGAAGAUAUUGCAGAACACGGGCUUAUAUUACCACCAGAAAUGAUUGGUUUAACUGAUGAACAAGUAAAAGAAUUGAAAUUAACUGAUCCAUGGGCUGAUAAACAUAUUCCAUCUGGUGGUUAUGACAUUAAUCCAGAUAAGAUAGGCCGUCGAAAUGGACGUCGUCCAAAAGAACAUAUGCAAAAAAUUAUAAAGAAUACAAUUAAUGAAGCAAAACAAUUAAUCAGUAAAAAAUUGAUACGAUCAGAUAAAGUACUUAAUUUAAAAAUUAUUGAAGAAGCAAAAAGUAUUUUAAAAGGUUGUAUGACUAUAGUUUAUCCAAUGGGAUUACCACCACAUGAACCAGUAAGAGCUGAAUUCACAAAUACUGAAGAUCUUGAAGGAACAUAUGCAUCUAAAGAAAUUAUUGAUAUUUCAAAAGCUCAACUUUGGUUUGCUGGUAAACAAGUACUGGAAGAGAAACAACUUUCAGAUUAUUGUGGAAAAAAUGAAAAAUCGAAAAUUAUUAUGAAAAUAAAUCAAAAAGGUGAUGGUCCACCAGGACGUGAACCAUUUAUGAGCGAAGAAACAAAAAAGAUGUUAAUGGCUGAGUCUUUUAGACGUCAAGAACAAUUAAAAAAAUUGGAAUUAGAUGAGGAUGACAGUUAUUUGAAUUCAAAAUGGGCUGACAAUAAAAGUUUACAAAAACAUGUUCAUGGCCUCGAUGAUAUUAAAUUUCGUUUUGGUAAAUAA